AUUCAAAUUUCCCAAUAAUAUGGACGUUAUAAGAUUUCCAUUGAUUUCAACAAGUGGGCCCCAAGAUGAAGCUGAAAAAAGGGUUGCAUCUGUUCUAAAUGUGGAAGUUGGACCCACUUUAAGACAAUAAAAAAACAGUGUUCUGUAUUUGCCUUUCUCAUCUCCGUAUGGCCAACCUUUUCCGUUUCCACAGUGCUUUUUUCAUUUGAAUUUCAAAUUUAAAUUGUUUUUUUUCCCCUUGUUUGGAGACAGAGCACAUAAGCAGCUAGAAUAAUUGCUAGAGAUUUGGAUCUUGUGAGGUUUGAAACAUUUGCAAAGACAUGGGAGAAUCAGCUUGUCUCAUGCAACCAUUUUCUUAUACUGCAGGCAUUCCCAAUGAAGCCAAGGAGGGCAACCCAGUUCAUGCACUUGGGCAGUCCAUAUCUUUUGGGAGGUUUAUGUCAGAGUCCUUGGCUUGGGAGAAAUGGUCAACAUUUUCUCAUAACAAAUAUGUUGAAGAGGCUGAGAGAUAUACUAGGCCAGGAUCAGUUGCUCAAAAGAAAGCUUUCUUUGAAGCUCAUUACAAGACCCUUGCAGCAAGGAAAGCAGCAGCCUUACUUGAGCAAGCCAAUGCUGCAGCAAACAAUGCUACAGAAAGUGAAGCUGGAGGUAGGGCCCGGCAUACUAUGAACUCAAACUCUCAAAUGGCGGCCCCUGACCAACAAGUCAAGGCAUCAAGUACAGAAACUGGCUCCAUUUAUGAUAGUCAAGAGAAUAAUUCAGAUUUUGUCAAGUUUGACAGCAGCAAGGUGGAAGGAGCUGACUCAGUUGCAGAACACAAUGUUCUUUUGGAGAAUAAUUUGAAGAAUGAAUAUUUUGAAAAGAAUGGGGUUGUUGAUAAGGCUGAAAUUAGAGAUGUGAAGCAUAGAGAAGCAACCCAAGUGAAGAAUUAUGUGAAAGUUGAAAAGUCAAGAAAGGUCGGGGAGGCAAUAGAAUUGGAGCUCAGUGAAGGAUCCCAGAUGGAGAAACCUCUACUUAAGAGUGCCAGUACUAAUCAAGAUGAAUUAGAGGUGACAAGCAAGAAGAAGCCACCACAUUCUUCCUCAAAGAUGUCAGCUUAUGCAAGAACAUCCAAGGUGCCAUCUUCACCUGCUAAAUUCACAGCUCCCAUUCGUCCCAACAAGGGAAAUAAUCACACUCCGGUGGCCAAGAAGUCUGCAAUGGACAUUUCUGAUAGAAAGAGAUCAACUCCAAAAUCAAGUCACAAGUCUAUCAACUUCACCCCUGCGAAAGAAUUUUGUAAAGUAACUACCACAAUUAUCCAGAACCAGAAGAUAGAUGGUUCAAGAAUUGCUUCAAAUUCUAAAGCAUCUAAAGAAUGUCCAACACCUUUAAGGACUCCAAACACGGUGCCAUUUUUCUCUGCGACUUCACUCUUGUGUUUGAUCUUUCAACUUGGCAUGGCAGUUCUUGUCAUGGAUGCUAAAUUGGGUUUCAUUUAUGUGCUGCAGGCUUCUACAAGUGGAAGACCGAAACAAUCUUCAGCCACCCCUUGGUCCGAAAACAGAAGUGCUAGAACACCGGUUAAUUCCUCAGCCAGUGUGAGCAAAACAGCUCGUGGAAAAUGGCACUUUCUUCCAACAGAUUGUUCAAAGUUUUUGAGUGCCUGCAGAAAAAAAUCGCAGUCGCCUGGUAUAUUUGCAUCUUUCAGUUUGAGAACUGAAGAGAGAGCUGCAAGAAGAAAACAGAGGCUUGAAGAGAAAUUCAAUGUCAGUCAGGAACAGAAAGUCCAGCAGCAAACAACACUCAAGGAAAAAGCAGAAACAGAACUCAAAAAACUAAGUCAAAGCUUUUGCUUCAAGGCUAGACCACUGCCAGAUUUUUAUAAAGAAAGAAGAACAACGAAAGAUCAGAUGCAAAAGGUUCCAUUGACACAAGCAGAAUCACCUGCCCUAGGAAGAAAAUCCACUCCCAGCAAAGCAAGCGCUGCCCAAAGCAAAAACUCUCUUCCUUAUCGUAAGUCUUCAAUUAAGAAUAUUUGCUUUGAGCAUGUCCAGGAAAAGAAAAACCAAAUUUCAGUUCGUUCUCUCACUCCACGUGUUGCAAUGACUGAUCAUGAGAAUACAUCUCCAAAUAUCCAGCAUGCAUAAGAUUAACAACAUUGUAAAAUUUUGCAUGUCAGUUGUUUGAGGCCAAAACUACUACUCAGUACCACUGUUGGAUGCCUAGAAUUAGAUGAAAAGGAGGCUGUUUGUAAAUGAAUGGAAACUUCCCCAACAGAAGUUUACUUCCAAUUCUUAGCAAAUUCAUAUUUGUACGCACAUUUCUUUCUGUAAUUAGUAGCACUGUUUAAUAAAAUAUUUUCAAACUUGUUGGGCCAUGAUACAUGAUAUGGAGCAAGCAUAAUACUUGUUUGGUAAUUAAAAUUUUAAUUUUUUUAUAAAAAAGAUUACUUGAUAGAGAAUUAGGUUACCAAAACUUAAACCCAAACUUCUCAUAAUUACAUGAAUAAUUCAAGAACUU